AUGAUACCAGGCAUCAACGCACCAUUCGGCUAUGUCGCCAAACUCACCGGCGCAGGGGUCGACGACCUCAAGCUUCUAUUCUCCUUCAUCAUCUCCUACCCCUUAGCUGCAGUUUUGAAAAGAAUACCAGACUCAAGGCCUAAUUUGAAGAACAUCUACAUUGUAUCCAUUGGGCUCUUUUUUCUAAUUGGCUUGUUCGACCUCUAUGCUGGAAUUCGUACCAUUCUCAUCAGCGCAGGCGGGACCUAUGUCGUUUCAUACUAUAUCGAUGGCACCCUCAUGCCAUGGAUCGUCUUUGUUUUCCUCAUGGGCCAUAUGUCCAGCAAUCACAUCAUUCGCCAGCGAUUGGACGAUCCCUCUCAAGUCGACAUCACUGGCAUGCAGAUGGUUAUGAUCAUGAAGCUGAGCGCCUUUGCUUGGAAUGUUCACGAUGGCAGGAUCAAACGGGAUCUUCUUACCGAUGGGCAGAAAGAAAAGGCCAUUUACAAAAUGCCCGGUUUCUUGGACUACUCGGCAUAUGUCUUGUUCUUCCCUGCUCUGUUCACUGGGCCGGCCUUCGACUUCAAUGACUACAAGCGCUAUAUUGAGACUACCAUGUUUGAGGUCAAGAAAGGAGAUCCUGCUCCUCCGACCAGAGGACAAGGACGCAUACCACGAUCCGGCACGCCUGCCACUUUGAAACUGGUCGAGGGCCUUGUAUGGAUUCUUCUUUUCCUUCAACUCGGUGCUUACUACUACCCUGGCUUCGUAUUGACCGAUCAGUACUGGACGUAUUCUUUUCCUCGAAGAGUCUGGUAUCUGUAUGCUCUGGGCUUCACUAGCCGACUCAAAUAUUAUGGUGUGUGGACCUUGACCGAGGGUGGAUGCAUCAUGAGCGGCCUUGGCUACAACGGAAUCGAUCCUGUGACUAAAAAAGCAAGAUGGGAUCGUCUGAACAACGUCUAUCCGUGGGGUAUCGAGUCUGCUCAAAAUGCAAGAGGAUAUAUGGAAGGAUGGAACAAGAACACAAACAAUUGGUUGAGGAACUAUGUCUACCUACGUGUCACUCCUAGAGGCAAGAAGCCAGGGUUCCGCGCUACCUUGAUUACGUUCACAACUUCUGCUUUCUGGCAUGGUUUCUAUCCUGGUUAUUACCUGACCUUUGUCCUUGGCGCUUUUGUUCAAACAGUGGCCAAGAACUUCCGCAGGCACAUUCGUCCUUUCUUCCUGAAACCUGAUGGAAAGCAGGCCACGAAGUACAAGAUUUAUUAUGAUGCAGCAUGCUGGCUCAUAACACAAACAGCUUUCUGCUUUGUCACUGCACCAUUUGUGAUUCUGGGCUUCAGCGAUAGCAUCAAGGCAUGGGCUAGGGUAUACUUCUAUUGUAUUGUUGGUGUCGCAGCCUCAAUGGCUUUCUUCGCCAGUCCUGCCAAAGUCUGGCUUGUCAAACGUUUGGACAAACGUAAUCACCCCCACGUCCUCAACCGAACCAUGAGCGACAGCCGAAUGCCACACUUGGGCAUGCCAGACACAGAGGAGAUUGAUAGGGCAGUUGAUGAGAUAAAGGCUGAGGUUGAGGAACGCCGAAGAAGAGGUAGUAAGGUCGAAUUUCCAUCAGGCGAAAAAUUACGCCAUGCAAUUUCGCAGCGAGUCUAUCUCAAUAGGAAUGAGAAAGGGGAAAUCGUUGCCAUUGGGGAUAACAAAAUGGAUCUCGACCACGUUUCGGAGACGAUAAACGAAACAGUAAUGGGCAGUAGCGGUAAGAAAGAACGAGGUCACUGA